CCGGUUUAGGGAGAGUGUUAGCCACUUACAUUUAAAGUCGGAACUCGCACGUCUGUGUGUCUUAAAUUGUUUCAUUUUCAGCUAUAUUGACCUUUGUGCAACACCGAAAGAACUGGCGCGGCAAUAGCUUCGUGGAAAAAGUAAUCUCUUCGUAACGUUCCCGUGGAUGAUCCUUAUGUAUAUAGCUAGUUACGACUAUCAGCGUCAGUUGACCGACGUAGCUGUUAGCUAGCUGGGGUAACGUUAGCUGCUUGAGAGCUGCUUUCGACCUGAUAAAAUUGUGAUAAAUUAUCGGACAGUAGUUGUUCUCCGUCAUUGUGCAAUCAUAUAUUAAGGGUAUGGACUCUGUCAAGAUACCAAAGGACACAAAACCUCAAAGGCCUGAAGUAAAGUCACAUGGCAAUGGGCCAAAACGGAUUCCUGUGUCACAACAGUUGAUUCAGAAGUCUGUAGUCACCCCAACUCAGUAUCAGCGAGUCCUCGGUGUGUCAAAUGGACCUCAGCGCAUUCAGCGGCCUGUGAGCCAUCAGAAACCAGUAUCUCAUGUCUCUGUUGCUGCCAAGUCCACACACACUGCUGAUCAGAACGCGAACCCUGCUACUCAGAAUGUAAAUCCUGCACCACAGCCCAAAUCCGGUUCCCAGCAAAACCAGCCAAAGACACAUGUGCCAACAGUGAAACCAGAGUUGACCACACCAGCAUCAGAAUCGGCAAAGCUGGAGAAGCCACAGAAUAAACCAGCCAAGAAUGAUGCUGCAAACGCCUCUUCAUCAAAAAAGCCAUGGAGCCUGGAAAAUUUUGACAUUGGCCGUCCCUUAGGAAAGGGUAAGUUUGGAAAUGUCUACCUGGCCAGAGAGCGACAGUCUAAGUUCAUCUUGGCCCUGAAGGUGCUUUUCAAGAAGCAGCUGGAGAAGGCCGGUGUGGAGCACCAGCUGAGGAGAGAAGUGGAAAUCCAGUCUCACCUCAGGCAUCCUAAUAUCUUGCGCCUCUAUGGGUACUUCCAUGACACGUCUCGCGUGUAUCUCAUCCUUGAGUUUGCACCCAAAGGAGAGCUGUACAGUGAGCUGCAACGCAGUGGAAAUUUUCCAGAGAGCCAAAGUGCUACAUACAUCAUGGAACUGGCAGAUGCCCUCAAUUAUUGCCACAGCAAGAAGGUGAUCCACAGAGACAUCAAGCCAGAGAACCUGUUGCUGGGGGCCAACGGUGAGCUAAAGAUUGCGGAUUUUGGCUGGUCUGUUCACACCCCUUCCUCAAGGAGAUCCACUCUGUGUGGAACUCUUGACUACUUACCUCCAGAGAUGAUUGAGGGGAAAACUCAUGAUGAAAAGGUGGACCUGUGGAGUCUUGGUGUCCUUUGUUUUGAAUUUCUGGUUGGAAAACCCCCCUUUGAAGCAAAAACUCACGAGGAAACCUACCGCAGGAUUUCAAGGGUGGAGUACACUUACCCUGCACAGACCAAUAUCAGUGCUGGAGCUAAAGACUUGGUUGCCAGGCUGCUGAAACACAAUCCCAUGCACAGACUGCCCAUUGAGGGCGUGCUCUCCCACCCCUGGGUGGUCCAGAACUCGACCAAGAAGCCAAUAACUUUGAAUAACGAAGAGCUCAGUCAGUGAUGUUCUCCACUCAGCGUCUGAGGGCUGUACAUGAGAGUGUGGAGUAUUGCAGAAUGCAGGCUGUACACAGGUAUGCAACCCGAACACCGAUGUGCAGCUGAAUCUGCUUCUACUGCUAGUUGGACUACAAAAUCCCUUCACAUGGAUGUUUUCUGUCUGCAGACAUCUUGAGCCACUUGGUUAUGUGUUUUCUUUUAAUUUCUUUCCUGUUUUACCAAUGGCAUCAUCUUGCUUGUAAAUAUUUUACCGUUUUUGCAUAAUUAUGAAUAUUUUAUCGAGCUUUUCUAAAAUGCCAUUACUUGAAAUAAAAAUGACCAUUCAUCAAAUAUGUCACUUUGAAGUUAACCUAUAUGUGUUUAUUCUUGUUUGUUGUGUUUGCAUUUCAAACCUGAAUUGUUAAAGUAUUUAGUAAAACGGACUUUGCACUAAGCUGAAUAAGUGAGAGGAUUCCAUCAAUUUACUGUUUUAUCAGCAGCCUCUAGUGGUGGAACAUCAGCAGAGGGUGCCAGAAAACCACUAGCACUGGGAUCUUGUUACAGGUUUAGUGAAUUGAAAAUGAUUUUCUGCUAGUACAAUAAAAUUUUAAACUGUAAAGAAAGUAAUAGUUUUUGCUGGGUUGUUUUUUCUUAAAUUACUUGUAUCCUGAAUGUAAUGAGUUUCCCCACGAAUAUGAGUAUAUAAAUGAUAAAAUGUUACUUUCAUAUGUUAACAGCUUAUAGUCAGGCUAUUUAAAAGCUGCUUUACGUUUCGAAGUUGUAUCAUGGGAUAAAGUAUGAACACCUGUUCUAGGAGUUCCUCACCGAGAUUAUCCAAAUAGUGUUAAUGUGUGUGUUUUUUGUUUUUUUUAAAGCAGACACUGGGAUAAAAAUGACUUGGAAGGGAUUAAAUAGCAUGAAUUGUGUUUUUGAAAUAAAGAAAUAUGGGUUGACCAGGGACAGUGGUGAGUAUUCUAUUGUUAUAGAAUGCCUAAUUGGACUUCUAAUGGAAAUGCUGUUAUUAUAACAAUAAAGCUAUGAAAUAAGUCUGCAA